UGUGGAUGCUGUCAUCGCCUCCACUUUUCAGAGAGGAAAGCUGAGGCCCAGAGAAGCGUGGCGACUGCAUCUGUCCAGGGCCACGCGCAUUUAAGAGGCCACAGCACACAAAUCAAUGGUGAUGACAGACCCUGUGUUGGACUCAUAGCCAGCCAACAGUACUGUGGAGAUGGAUGGACUGUGUCCUGAGCUAUUGCUGAUCCCCCCACCUCUCUCUGACCGUGGAAUUCUGGGACCUGACCAGAGCACCUGUCCUUCUGGGGACACUGCAUCUUUGCCUGCUGACCCAGACUGCCUGCUGGUAGAGGCCACAGCUAAUGAAGAGGGCCCAGGGAACAUGGAGAUCAUUGUGGAAACAGUAGCUGGAACCCUAUCCACAGGAGCUCCUGAAGAGACCCCAGGUGUCCUGGUAAAGGUGGUGGAGGUGUACUUCUGUGAGCGCUGUGAACAGAGCUUCGCAGAGCCCACUCUGCUGUCCCUACACCAGUGCAGUGAGACCCACAUACAGUCUGUGCAGGGCCUGUCUAGCCCCCCAGGCUCUGUAGAACUGCCCUCCAACAACCUCACCCUCCAUGGCCCUCUGCAGGGCCAAAGUCUGACAGAUAGCCCCCUAUCAUGUCCUGUAUGUAGACAGGAGUUUGCCCAACCACAGGCCCUGAAGAACCACUUCAAGAUUCACCGGGCCACUCCUGACACCUUCUCCUGCCCAGAGUCUGGCUGUGUGUUCUCUGCUGAAGAUCGCAAAGGUCUGCAGCACCACCUGAGGCAGAACCACAGAGCAGUCCCUGUGCCAUGUUCUUUCCGAGGCUGCUCCCUACUUUUUGGGAGCCAGCAGGGCAUGGAACUGCACCGGCAGACCCAUUACCCUUUCCACUGCAACCAUUGCAGCUUCAUAGGCUCCAACAUCAAACUCUUCCGGCAGCAUCAGCGGAGCCAUGGAGCUGUGACACAGGGAGAACUUUCUGCUGUUCAGGGCCUUCCAUCCCAGGAGCUGCCACCAGCUCCCAAACUGCCUCCAGGAGAAGGAGAACCUUCAGAGGAAACAGAUACAACUGUGCCUGGGCAGGUGUCAGCUGAGGAGGAAGAAGUAGAGGAAGAAGAAAGUGGCACCCAGAAGGUCUCUCAGAAAGCUCUGGAUAAUGACCAAGGGGCUCAGCAGUUUGAAGGGGAUGUGACUUCUAGCACGGAAUGCCUCUUCAAGACACACAUGUGCCCAGAGUGCAAACGCUGCUUUAAGAAGCGGACCCAUCUGGUAGAGCACCUGCAUCUCCACUUCCCAGACCCCACCCUCCAGUGCCCCAACUGCCAGAAGUUCUUCACCAGUAAAAGCAAACUCAAGACCCAUCUGCUGCGGGAGCUGGGCGAGAAGGCCCACCGCUGCCCACUGUGUCAGUACAGUGCAGUGGAGAGAAAUGCACUCAACCGCCACAUGGCUAGCAUGCAUGAGGAUAUUUCUAACUUCUACUCAGACACCUAUGUCUGUCCUGUCUGCCGUGAGGAAUUCCGCCUCAGCCAGGCACUCAAGGAGCACCUCAAGAACCACACAGUAGCAGCCGCAGCAGAGCCUUUACCCCUGCCCUGUUUUCAGGAGGGCUGCAGCUAUGCAGCCCCUGAUCGCAAGGCCUUUGUAAAGCACCUGAAGGAGACCCAUGGGGUGCGGGCUGUGGAGUGCCGCCAUCACUCAUGUCCCAUGCUCUUUGCCACAGCUGAAGCCAUGGAGGCCCAUCACAAGAGCCACUAUGCUUUCCACUGUCCCCACUGUGACUUUGCCUGUUCUAACAAGCACUUGUUCCGCAAACACAAGAAGCAAGGCCACCCUGGCAGCGAAGAACUGCGCUGUACCUUCUGUCCCUUUGCCACCUUUAACCCAGUGGCCUACCAGGACCAUGUAGGCAAGAUGCAUGCUCAUGAGAAAAUUCACCAAUGCCCUGAGUGCAACUUUGCCACUGCCCACAAGAGGGUGCUCAUCCGACAUAUGCUGCUGCAUACUGGUGAGAAACCUCACAAGUGUGAGCUGUGUGACUUCACCUGUCGAGAUGUAAGCUACCUAUCUAAGCACAUGCUCACCCACUCCAACACCAAGGAUUACAUGUGCACUGAAUGCGGUUAUGUCACCAAGUGGAAGCACUACCUCAGCGUGCACAUGCGAAAACAUGCCGGGGACCUCAGAUACCAGUGCAACCAGUGCUCUUAUCGCUGCCAUCGGGCUGAUCAGCUGAGCAGCCACAAGCUGAGGCACCAGGGCAAGUCCCUGAUGUGUGAGGUAUGUGCCUUUGCCUGCAAGCGAAAGUAUGAGUUGCAGAAGCAUAUGGCUUCCCAGCACCACCCUGGCACACCAGCCCCACUCUACCCCUGCCGCUACUGCAACUACCAGAGCCGCCACAAGCAGGCCCUGCUGAGCCAUGAGAACUGCAAGCACACCCGUCUCCGUGAGUUCCACUGUGCCCUCUGUGACUACCGUACCUUCAGCAACACCACACUUUUCUUCCACAAGCGCAAGGCCCAUGGCUAUGUGCCUGGAGACCAGGUCUGGCAGCUCCGUGAUACCAGCCAAGAGCCUGGAGCAAGGCAGUCACUGACACCACCACCAGACUCAGAGCCUUCAAGCCAGCUAUCUGCCCAGCCUGAGGGACCAGGCCACAAGCCUGACAUGGAUCCCACCUUGGAUCAGGCUCUGCCAGAGACAAGUGAGGAGGUCAUCACUCAGAGACAGGAUGGCAGUGAGGCUUCCCAUGGGAAUGACCUGGUUGGCAGCUCCAGCCCAGCAGAAGUGGAGGAGGGCAGCUGCACGCUACACUUAGAGGCCCUGGGAGUAGAGCUGGAACCUGUGUCUGAGCCAUCUCUCGAGGAACUCACUGAAACAGCCCCUGUGGAGUUCAGGCCCCUGGAUGCCUCAGUGCCCCUAGGACUGGAAGGACCUGUGCUGUCCAGCUUUGAAAGUGUUGGAACUCCUGGCUUGGGUGCUGAAGAAGAGCCCAUUCUGGAGAAACCAGAGUCUGAGUCCCCCAGAAAUCCUUCAUCCUCAGAGGAGGCCCCUAAUAGCUGGGUCGGAACCUUCAAAGUAACUGCACCUGCUGAGACGGCACCUUUGCCUCAGUUGCCCGAGACAGAGUCAUUACUGAAGGCCCUACGGAAACAGGACAAAGAGCAAGCAGAGGCCCUAGUACUGGAGGGGCGCGUGCAGAUGGUAGUGAUCCAGGGAGAGGGGCGAGCCUUCCGCUGCCCACACUGCCCUUUUAUCACUCGCCGGGAGAAGGCUUUGAACCUGCACUCCAGAACAGGGUGCCAGGCCCGCCGAGAGCCCCUGCUAUGCCCUGAGUGUGGGACAAGCUUUAAGCAACAACGUGGACUCAGCACCCAUCUGCUGAAGAAGUGCCCUGUUUUGCUUAAGAAGAACAAGGGCUUGUCUAGAGCAGACACUCCCAUCCCCCUGCAUCCUCAGCUCCCAGACACCGAGGCCUCAGAGGAUGCCAAAGGUGGGAAGCCCCCACCUGUACCAUUAGAAGUAGAGCUGUUGCUUUCAAAAGAUGCUCCUUCUGAAGUUACCAGGGAGCCGGAAGUAGAGGAGCCUCUCACCACACCCUCUAUUUCCCCAGCCCCUCCUAUAGGGAACUCCUCACCCACAGAGACCCCAGAGAAGUUCUACUUUGAGCAGGGCAAAUUUCGCUGCAACUCAUGCAUGUUCCUUUGUUCUCGACUCUCCUCUAUUACCUCUCAUGUGGCUGAAGGCUGCCGAGGGGGACGUGGCCGGGGAGGAAAGCGAGGUUUGCCUCAAACCCAGUCUUCUCUUUCCCUGCAGAACAAUGAGAAUUCUGCUCCCCUGAGUAAUAGGAAUGCACAGUCCAGCCCUAGUAAUGGGGACACAACUCUAACUCAGAAGCAGAAGGGGGCCCUCUUCUCCUGCCCCACAUGUCCUUUUCGCUGCCAGCAGGAACGGGCCCUGAGGACUCAUCAGACUAAGGGCUGCCCCCUUGGGAUGUCUGGAGAGCUGCACUGUGGCCUCUGUCCAUUCAUUGCUCCUGCUGCUGCUGCCCUGAGACUCCACCAGAAACGGAGACACCCUACUACAAUCUCAACCCGUGGCCCCCGGCCUCCCCUGCAGUGUGGGGACUGUGGCUUCACCUGUAAACAGAAUCGGUGCCUGCAGCAGCAUCGGCAACUCAAGCAUGAAGGAGUGAAGCCACACCAGUGUCCCUUCUGUGACUUUUCUACCACCAGACGGUACCGAUUAGAGGCUCACCAGUCCAGACACACAGGUGUUGGCCGUAUCCCCUGCAGCUCCUGCCCUCAGACAUUUGGUACCAACUCGAAACUGCGCCUGCAUCGGUUAAGGGUACAUGACAAAACACCCACCCACUUCUGUCCACUCUGUGACUAUAGUGGCUACCUUCGCCAUGAUAUCACUCGCCAUGUCAACAGCUGCCACCAGGGCACCCCAGCCUUUGCCUGCUCCCAGUGUGAGGCCCAAUUCAGCUCAGAGACAGCACUUAAGCAGCAUGCUCUGCGCCGACACCCUGAGCCCCUAAACCCUGCCCCUGGCUCUCCUGCAGAGGCCACUGAGGGGCCCCUAAACUGCUCCCGCUGUGGCCUGCUGUGCCCCAACCUCGCAAGCCUGCGGGGACAUACCCGUAAGCAGCAUCCACGGCUGGAAUGUGGGGCCUGCCAGGAGGCCUUCCCUAGCCGGCCAGCCCUGGAAGAGCACCGGAGGCAGCAGCAUUUCAGCCACCGCUGCCAACUCUGUGACUUUGCUGCCCGGGAGCGAGCAGGUCUGGUGAAGCACUACCUAGAACAGCAUGAAGAGACUUCAGCUGCACCAGCAGCCUCGAAUGGGGAUGCUGGCCAGCCCCCUCUGCGCUGCCCCUUUUGUGACUUUGCAUGUCGCCAUCAGCUCGUGCUAGAUCACCAUGUGAAAGGGCAUGGGGGCACUCGGCUCUACAAGUGUACUGACUGUGCUUAUAGCACCAAGAACCGGCAGAAGAUCACAUGGCACAGCCGCAUCCACACUGGGGAAAAGCCUUACCGCUGUCACCUCUGCUCGUAUGCCUGUGCUGACCCCUCUCGCCUCAAGUACCAUAUGCGGAUACACAAGGAGGAACGGAAGUACCUGUGUCCUGAAUGUGGCUACAAGUGCAAGUGGGUCAACCAGCUCAAGUAUCACAUGACCAAGCACACAGGACUGAAGCCAUACCAGUGUUCCGAGUGUGAGUACUGCACCAACCGGGCUGACGCACUGCGUGUGCACCGGGAGACACGGCAUCGAGAAGCACGGGCUUUCAUGUGUGAGCAGUGUGGCAAGGCCUUCAAGACGCGCUUCUUGCUGCGCACCCACCUUCGCAAGCACAGUGAGGCCAAACCCUACGUGUGCAAUGUGUGCCACCGUGCUUUCCGCUGGGCUGCUGGCCUGCGCCAUCACGCCCUUACCCACACAGACCGCCACCCCUUCUUCUGCCGCCUCUGCAGCUACAAGGCCAAGCAGAAAUUCCAGGUGGUCAAGCACGUGCGCAGGCACCACCCUGAGCAGGCUGACCCAAACCAGGGUGUGGGCAAAGACCCCACCACCCCCACAGUGCACCUACAUGAUGUAAAGCUGGAGGAUCCCAACCCUCCAGCUCCUGCUGCUCCUCCCACUGGACCUGAGGGCUGAGAGUCUGCUACCACUAAGACAGGAAGAAAGUGUGGUAAGAGGUGUGCAUACUGGGACCAGAGCUAGCCUGAGGAGCUCAGGGCCUAAGAAAGGACUGGCUUUGCGGUGUCAGUGUGACUGGAAACCACCCCCAUCCCCACCCCCAGGACUCUGGACAUAGUACUUUGAAAUGAACAGCUAUAUGAGAGAGAGACAUGGACCAAAACAGUGAUUUCUUCUUGAAGUGCGCAGUGUUUUUAACCUGUGAAUUUCUAGUUUCUUAGAGACCCUGGCUAUAAGAUCUUGGUUUUAUCCACUCUGUCUUCUUUUCUCUUCUUACUGUAUCAAAUCUUAUUUUCUUUCAGCACCUUCAAAACAGUUGUAUCUAAUUGCAUGUGCUAUUAUGCCUGAUGCUCUAUAAAGCAUGUCAAACAGAAUGACUGCCAACUUAUAGACUCAUCCAAACUCCUGACUUGGCAUUUCUAGGCUGUGAUCUUGAUCUGCCCUGUCCCCUCUUAGACCUCUGCUCCUCCUUUAUCUCUUCUGUAUUCAGUCGGAAACAAGUUCUGAAACAGAACCAAGUCUGCCUUCUCUGUCCUUAAGCCUGUCCUGAUGUUUUCACUUUCUCCCUAUUUCCAAGCCCCUCUUUCUGCUUGUAUAGAGGGAGGAUUGUCACUCACUAAGCCUCCUCUUAGAAGCAGCUUUAAUUCAACAUAAAUCCUUAGACUGGCCCACAACUGCACUUAUGAGUGAAAGUACAAAGGCACUGUAAAAGGCAGGUGAUUGGGACAGUAAAUCUCUCAUUCAGAAUUCUCACAGUGUAAUUGCUUCACUAUGUAUUUGAUCAUCUGAACUGAGACACUCUGGAAAAAUCAAAGAAGAUGCCAUUAAUAUUUAUGCUGGGACUCAACAGAUUAUAAACCAGGACUGUUUUAGGCAAACUUUCCAGGAGAGCCAGAUCACAUAAACCUUUGUCUCCUUUUGCCCUACCUCUCAGAAGCCUCUCUUUUGUGUCCUUCCUAUUCAGCACAUGCAGGAAUGUCCCCGGAAAG